UCAAAAAUACAGUUUUGGUGUGACAAAGACUUUUUUUUCUCUAUUGCAAGGUUAGCUCUUGCCCUUUGUCUGAAUAUAUUGUAACAAUAAGAACUGUUCAGGUUCCCACAGUAACAAUACUGUUGGGGAUAACACAACCCAAGGCCAGGAAUAAAAGGGUGUCAUAAAGUACCUGAUAGUCGCCUGCUUCCCAAAAUAUCCCGGGACAGGUUCUCUCUUGGCAUAAAACAGACCAGCUCCUGAGGAUGUGGCUCGGUAUCUCUGCAGAGCGGGUAGUCGCUGUUGGGGAGGUCAGUACAUGCAUCAGCUGGAUGAUGUAUAGCUCAGAUCUUUGCACUGCAGGCUCUUAGGAGAUGUUUCCAGUUAACUUCCAGAGCAGCUGCUCCUCAGGACAAUGUGGUGUUAUAUUUAGAAGUGCAGACUGGUCACCUGAUGGUGUCCUGAUUUAAGAACGAUCAGGUCUGUGCUCACCAUUCAUCUCUUUGAAAUGAAAAGGGGACUAGCUGAAGAGUUGACUUGGCUCUGGCACCACUAAGAAAUUCUUGUUUUGGUAUAAACCACUCUUAAUGAGAUUGCAUUUUUUUCUCUAUCAUGUCUAACUUCAGUCUGAGAAGAAAGAUAACACAAACAAUAAAACAGCGGAGAGUGCACCGCGGUCACAACUGAUUUAGCAGCUUACACGCAUUUAUUUUUUUCUUUUCUCUUCUUUUCUCUGUGUUGAUAAAAUCGGAGAGCCGGUGGCUAGCACUGAUUUAGAUUUCCAGCCUGGAUUUGUUCUUGUUUUUCUCCUUACUUCAGUUCUCCUUGUGCAGUGCUGCGUGGCGCUGGCAGCCUGAGAGAGAGGGAGCUCCAGUCACAUGCAUAGACUCAGACCGCUGAGAGGAGAUUAACAUCAAGGAGCCCACAUUUGCAAUAGCGGGUGGUGCUGGGGGAAGAGGCGAGGGGAAAAUAAAAUAAAAGCAACAAUCGGGUAAAUGCUCCUCUCUUCUCGCCACCAGCACCUUGCACAGUGAACUGGAAGAUGGAGAUGGAUGUUAAGGGAGUUUCUCCGUGCCCGGAGCCCAUCCCCCCGGCGGCGGGGUCUGGCGGCUGCCCGCACCAGCGCCCGCACCACCGCGAUGGGCAGCCCGCGGAGCCGGCCCCCGCCGCCGACAGCGGCCACCCGGAGCGGAGGCACGGCAGUGAGAAAGAGGACAAAAAGAGACCUACAGCCAACAAGACUUCUGGUGCUCCUUCCUACAGCAGAUGGUCCAGUUCACAGCCCCAUCAGUCCAGCUCCACAGUGAGAACGUACCAAAACAGUAAAUCGAGAGUGACCAUGAGCCCUGGCUUUAGCUCCCAGUGGAAUAGCAGCCAACCUGCUUGGAAUACAUACACCUUUCCAAGAGCAAGCUUGCACUACCAGUCUCAUGCUAGCUACACCUACUGUGCUGGACAUCCUGCUCAGUCCUAUGCACCAGCUCCCCACCCCAUGGCUCCUCCCAGCCCCAGCACAAACAGCAGCAACAACAGCAGCAACAACAGCAGCGGAGAGCAGUUGAGUAAAACCAACCUGUACAUUCGAGGCCUUCCACCCGGCACCACCGACCAGGACCUUAUCAAGCUGUGCCAGCCGUAUGGGAAAAUUGUAUCCACAAAGGCAAUUCUUGACAAAAACACAAAUCAGUGCAAAGGUUAUGGUUUUGUAGAUUUUGACAGUCCCGCAGCAGCACAGAAAGCAGUAGCAUCUCUCAAAGCAAAUGGCGUGCAGGCGCAGAUGGCAAAGCAACAAGAGCAAGAUCCCACAAAUCUCUACAUCUCAAAUUUACCUGUGUCCAUGGAUGAGCAGGAACUGGAGAAUAUGCUGAAACCCUUUGGACAUGUCAUUUCCACCAGAAUAUUAAGAGAUGCAAAUGGAGUCAGCAGAGGAGUCGGCUUUGCCAGAAUGGAGUCUACAGAAAAAUGUGAAGUAGUAAUUCAACAUUUUAAUGGCAAAUAUCUGAAAACCCCACCCGGUCUGCCAGCCCCCACUGAGCCUUUGCUGUGCAAAUUUGCUGAUGGAGGGCAAAAGAAGCGCCAGAAUCAAAGCAAAUACACACAGAAUGGAAGGCCGUGGCCCAGAGAAGGAGAGGCUGGCAUGGCUUUGACUUACGAUCCAACAGCUGCUAUACAGAAUGGAUUUUAUUCCUCACCGUACAGUAUUCCAACAAACCGCAUGAUUCCACAGACAUCAAUCACGCCAUUCAUUGCUGCUUCCCCUGUCUCUACAUAUCAGGUCCAGAGUACUUCAUGGAUGCCUCAUCCGCCAUAUGUUAUGCAACCAACAGGUGCUGUGAUAACACCAACAAUGGACCACACUAUGUCAAUGCAGCCAGCAAGCAUGAUGGGCCCUCUGACCCAACAGAUGAACCACCUUUCCUUGGGCACAACAGGAACGUACAUGACUGCUGCUGCACCUAUGCAAGGGACCUACAUUCCCCAGUACACUCCUGUGCCUCCAACAGCUGUCCCUAUUGAAGGUGUUGUUGCUGAUACUUCUCCACAGACAGUAGCAUCUUCAUCACAGGAAGCCAGUGGUCAACAGCAACAGAUGACAGUGGAAACAUCCAGUGAACAUGCGCCUGCAUAUUCUUACCAACAGUCUAAACAAUAAACAGGACUGAAGAAUGUCGGUCUGAAAUCUUUGCCUUGAAUGGAGAAACUUCACUGAACAAGAAGUUGGCUUCCAGUUUGCACAGGCGUCAAAUGAAUGCUUUUUUUUUUCUACCUUUCCCAACGAAAACAAAACAGUGUUUUUAUGUGCUGUGCAAAUGGUUCCGUCAUGUAGUCUGACAAUUUUAUUUUUGCUAUUUUUUUUUUCAACUAAAGGAAAAACCCAGAGGAAAAUGCUGGGUUGACAUUUCAUCUGGACGAACAUUUGAAUUCAGAAUUUACCUGGAGGUGUAGCUAGAUUUUUUUUUUUUUAAACAGAAAAACUGAUGAUGUCAAGAGGGAGCAAGUUGCGAUGAAAACCAAUUGUCUUCCUCAAAAAUUAAGCUACUCUUUUUCUCUCAUUUUCUUUUUCUUCUUGUUUUAAUCUAGAGUAUUUUUUGGUUUUUUGUUUUUUGGUUUUUUUAAAAGAAAUGUUUAGGUAAGGUUUAUCUUGAAUCUUAAUUGCCUUAAUUUUAAGGACGUCAAAGGCUCUCAAGGCAAGCUGUCAACGUCUUGUUAGAAAACCCGAGAAUGAAUUGAAACUGCUCACACCGGUGCUGGUGCAGAAGUUUAAUAGACUGAGUUUUUGGGGUGAACAAAACAUAAACUGUACAGUUUAAAAGAAAAUGAUUUUCUUCUUUUGAAGAAAAGUUGAUGAUAAAAGGAACUGUGGCAACUGAAAGGAUUGGAAAAAUGCUGGGACUUUUAUGAACUUUGUCUUAAGUGUUGACAGAAAAAAAUCUAGAAGGCUAAAGCAUUUUACAGUAAAGUUAUUGAAUUGAGAAAAAAACUUGCUGCAUUAUAGAGAAUGCAGGGUUUUUUUCUUGCAGAAUGCAGAUUUUUUUAUUUACAAAGCGUGAUCGCUAGCAAAAGCAUUAGUGCUUUUUAUCUGCAGUCUUUUUUAUGAGCUUUAAGAAGUUUUUAGUCCGCUUUGCUUGUCACAUUGCAAAAACCUAGCUUAAGAGCAUUAAAAAAAACUUAAGUAGAUAGGAGCUUAUGGUCAAAAAAAGUGCAAAAAAAGCAAUAGAUAGAAGAAAUUGUUGACAAUUUCUGUAGUCUUUCCUAGUUGUGAACAAAUGCAGCCUAUGGAUGGCCUAUUUUAUACCAAAGAUGAAGUGACACCCUAACGCAGUCCAGAAGAUAGAGGGUUUUUUUCUUUUUUUUUUAUCUUUAUUUGACCUACAUGGCCGGACCAGUUCUUACUUUCUUGUUUGUUUAAACUAUCUUCCACUGGUGUUUUACAUACUGCAUAUGUUUAUAGUGGAAAUUUCAGAAUAGUUGGUAUCAGAAGCUGUCCAGGUUUUUGAUGAUAUGCUUUGGAGAACAUUCCAAAGCAAGGGGGAUUGGGUUACCAACUAAUCUGUCCAGGCAGGCUUUAAUUUUGGGGAGUUUUUCUCUUUAAUUACCUGAUCUUUGGUAUUUCUACUGAAACAACAGUCUUCCUUCUGAAUUCUAACACACCAAUUCAUUCUUCACCUCAGUCUUUGUCAUCGUCCAGCAUGCAUAGCCACCUUAAUUGUGCAUUUAUUUCUCAGUGUUGCAUUUGAGUUGCCAGGUAGAUGUAAGAGAAAACAAACUUGAUAUUUGUUCUCAUUCUACCUUUAUCAUACAAGAAGAAAUUUUGAAAAUUAUGUCGUAUUGUCAUGCAGGCAGGAAGUUAAAAAUUGUUCUUCUCUGCUAUGAUUUCUGUUGUCUUAAUAUGUUGGCUGACAAUCACUAAUUAGUAUGAUCAGGCAAAAAAAAAAACAAAAACAAAAACAAACCAUUAAAUUUAAUCCACCAAAACCUGUUUUAGGAAUGACAGUUAUUUUCCAUACAGAAAUCUUGAUUAUGGCCCUUACUUCUUCCAAACAGACAAAUGAAAAAGGUGAGAAGGAAGUCAAAAGAUGAUUUUUUUCCUUAAGGAGGCAGAAGUGAAGCAGCAUUUCCAUAUAUACAUACAUACACACAUAUCUAUGUGUAAAUAUUAAACCAAACAUUUUUAAACUUUCCUCCAUCCAGAAGAGAGGGGAAGGCUCAUCACAUUUACUGUGGUGGAUUAGACACAGGGUAUCCAUUAAAAAUAAGAAAAAUGAAAACAUGUGUAUUGGAUCAAUCUGAUUCAGCUGCCCAAUCUUAAAAAGAGGUCUGUGUUUCCCUAACCUGACUUUUUUUGGGGAAAAGAACACAAUUAUUUUUUUAAAUUGAUAAAACAAGAUCGUAUUUUUUAACAUAAUGGGAGGGGGGAGGGGGUUUCCCAAGUAAAUGCUGCUAGGUAUGCAACAUAGAAAAGAGAGAAAUGGGAGUUCACAUGGUUCUUCACCAGAGGAAGAGGGCCUGAUUUUCAGAAGUGAUAAAACUUCUGCUUUCUCCAGAGUAGUUGUUGGUAUUCAACACUUCUGAAAACCAGAUGAUGCCAAAGUAAAAAAACAACAUCAUCCACAAUAAGUUGUUAAUUCAGAAACAAACCCCAAACCUCUCUUUCUGUUUCAUGUGCUGUCUCAUUACUUGUUGCUUUUUGAGAGGGGCACUUGAAUUUUGUCCUUGGAUAAAGGUUCCCUCUUUCUUUAGAGGGCAUAUGAGGGAAAAAAUCAAUCUAGCCUUAUUUUCUUCCUUUCUACACAUACUCUCUUUCUGUCUCUCUCUGAAUUAUUUAUACAAAUGGAGAUAACCCCAGGCACAAGUCAGUUAAAUAUGAAAUAAAGACAUUUGUUUCUGUGUUAGUUCUAAUGUGACACACAAAAAGUCUCAUUUACUAUCAACAAUGAGGCUACAAGGUAGCUACCAUGUGGCUGAUGAAUAUGCUGAGGUACCUUCUUGUUUCUAUUCAGAACUCUGCUGCUUUAUUUAUACAUUCAGAAACAUUUUUCUUAUUUUUUUCAGCAAAGUUAAACAAUCUCAGUGUUUUUUAUUAAGCCAGGCAGGCAACAUGAUAUCACAGUGCCUGUCACUUUAAAGUGUUUCAAGUGCAUUCUGUAUUAGAAUUGUUCCCUUUCUUUUCCAUGCUAUAAUGUUCAAUAGUGUUUGAAAUCAAAAGAAACAAAGCAAAGAAGGAGAGGAAGAAGAAGAGGAAAGAAAAUGGACCCCUUAAAUACAAUUCAUCAUCUUACUGAUCCCAAAAAACCCCCAGUGAACUGGUACUUGAAAUCUAUGAAUUGUAAACACUGUGAGCCUUGAUUAUAAACAGUCAUAGAUCAUAAGGUAAGAAAAAAAGCUUAUUUGGAACUUACAAAAUGCUCAGAAAGUCAUGACUCAUUUCUAAAAGUUAAAAAUGAGAUAAAAGUGAACAGUGAAAUAGCAGCACACUUGCUGCAUGGGUGUUGUCACUUGGUGGCCUCUGAAAUCUUAAACUGGUUUUCUUUAUGUCUGUUCUGGCUAAUAUGGUUUUUUGAAGAUUUAUAGAUGUGCUCUGUUUAGUUUCUGGUUUCCAUUUUUUUUUUCUUUUUUAAGACCUGAAUUUGUAAAGUCAAUAUCUUUGUCUGUCUUGCCAAAUUAGCUUUAAAUAUCAGGAGAGUUCCUGAAAGAUUGCAGAAGCAACUCUAGAUGUCUAAGGCAAUGGUGCCUGGCCCAGAGGUCUAGAAGUAAUAUCAAAUCCAUAAACUGAACUGCGUAUGUACUUUCCAUCACACCUGAAUUCUUGUAAAUAAUCAAAUCUGGAUGUUCAGGUUUGGUAAUUUUCUUUUUUACCUUAAAAGAUAGAUACAACAAAAGGGGUGUCAGAAAGCUAUGAAUUAUGGCUAGAAAACUCUGAAUACCUGGGCUUGUCAAUUAACAUUGAGGAAACAAAAAAAAAAAAAAAAAGACACAGUGGAACUGAAGAGAGUAUUGUAUUUGCAGGUGCUGACCCAAGUGUAGAUCAGGGCACUGAAAAAAAUCUCACUGUUCCCGCUGAGAUUGCAGAGGGACUCUUCUUCCUAUCUGGCUCUACUGCUGGUUUUGUAAGCACUUUUCACCUGUGACAGUCAGGCCUCAAGUUGUGAAUGUCCUCUUAUUGCCUUCUGGUGAAACAGACUCUUGAAAUGUCCUUAGCCUGUGCUUACUUGUGUAGUUCUGUUUACCAAGAGACUGCCUUGGUUGUGUUGGUCAAGAAAUCCACUGUAAUGCAGAAUGAGGCAUAUCUGAGAGCAAUUGCAUCACAUUGUAUCACCUUCUGCUAUGGAUGCAUGCCCAAACAUGGAAGAUAAAGGCUGGUCAUUAGAGAAGUGAGGGCUUAAACUUUCAACGGGCAAUUGGACUGUAGCAUUCAAAUGGAUUUUUACUCAAGUAAAAAUCAAAUGGAGGGUAUUAUUUAUGUAUGUAUGUGUACCAAAACUCAGCAAAUUUGAGGAAGCCUGCAUUGUAAUAAAGUUUAUUUUUAAUAUGUCAUAGUAUUUGGAUCUAUAUUAUGUUGUUUAUGGUACUGAAGAUUGAGACUGAUCCUAAAUGUUUUAAAAAAUUGCCAUGCUUCAUGGUUUUAAGCUUGAUGGUGCUCCUCAUGCCACUUCAUUUUAAUGCUGAGGUUGUCAUGAGCAAAACAGGUUUAGGCAGACUCGCUUAACUCCACCUAUAGGAAGAGUCAUGCUAAAGAGUGGUAAUGUGCUUAAAGUAAUGAAUCAAUCCAUUUUUAGUAAUGAGACCAAAUGUGGUAGUUGGAGAUAGUAAUGUUUGAUACACGCGUGGUCAACAUUUCCUUUCAAAACUUCAUUUAACAUGAAAUUGGUCUGGAUAUAAAAGAAGUGCCCUAGGGUAGGGGAUUUUCCUGGUCUUUCUGGGUAGCCCACACGAACCAAGAAAACAGUCACGGUGUGAUGGAAAUGCAAAACAGAAAACAACAAAACUGGUGACAUUUGGUGCAUUAGCCUUUUCUGUUUAAUAACAAUUGACUCUAGUAACGAGGAUUCCUUUCAUUUCUAUUACACAUACACAGUCCUGCACGCACACAUUCUCAGAAGGAGGGCUGAGUGAGCAGCAGACUUCUCCUCCCCUUCAGUGGAGCAGAUUUCUAGAAUCUCAGCAAGCAGCAAAGAUGCAGAGUAAGGAGAGUUAUUUUCCUCUCAAAAAGAGCACCAACUUUUUCUAUCUUGCUCCUGUCACCCAAAUAGGCUAGAGCUCUGUAUGUACCCCAGAAAUUUAUUCACCUUUGUGCCUCAAAGCAGGCAGAAGAGACCCUUUCUUCUCCCCUUUAUUAACAUGCUCUUUGUUAAAGUUGAACAGAAAAUUAUGAGAGUAAAGCUGUAAAAGAAAUGAAUCCCAGUGCUGGUUCAGGUUUCCAUGAUAAGGAAAAAUUCUUGUGUUUAUUGAAGUUGUUCAGUUCAACUGUUAAUUCCCCAACAGUGACAGCUGAGUUCUUUCAUCUUAAUAAAAAUGUGUAAUGAAGUGGAAAAUGUCAGCCCUUGACAGGUUCACAAAUCCAUUUUUCCUUGUAGGUCCAAAGCCUGCAAGGUAUAAGCACCUUCCAAGAUCUGGAUCUGUUGUGUUUAAAAGAGUAUCUGCCCAAUGUUAAUUUUCUGCCUUUAAGUGUCUUUCUCUUGGAUAAUAAUUUUAUGAAUUUGGUGAAAUUUACAGUCAGUUAUAUUUUUAAAAGCCCAAAAAUACCGCCUAAAGAAGAGAACAUGAUGUUUAUGUAAUUGAAGUAUUAUUAAAUAUGAUGUAUUUCAGAGUGGAAGAAAAUUCUACUAUCUUUUUGAGGCAAAACAAUUUUAUGUAAAACCAGGAAGUGUACAGAAUUCAUUUAGGAAUUUUUAAUUGUUUUCCUUUUUAAAGGAGAAUGAAUAGAUGAUAUCUGUAAGAAAAAUCAAAGCAGCUUUGAAAGCAGAUGAACUUCCUAUCAAGAAAACAUGCAUCACAAAAAUGGGUCAGAGGUUCUUUACAGCCCUUACAGACUUCACUGCAGCCAAAAUGUGGAAUACAGAACCUCUGUGAUACAUUAAAUUAUGAAUCUUAUUUAUAUGGGCAUCUGUGUGCUGAUGUCUCAGAAUGUCUCUGAAAGAUCUGUACUGCUAUGAUUUUUUUUUUAUGUUUUCCAUUUGUAACACAGUCCUAAAUAGCUGCCAUUUUCCCACUCCUGGGGCUUUCUGUAGAUCAGUGGAUGUUAGGUUUAAACUUCUGUUUUCUUUGAUGAAGCUUUCAAUAAAAAAAUAAAGAAAGAAAA